AGUCGCGUCUCACGAUCUCGGACGGGAGAACCAGAACGUAUUGACCACGCGCAACGCGCAACGCGCAACGUGCAAUGGUUAAUCGGCCGACGUGUUCAAAUGUGCGUGGUCAAUUCUUUCUCCGUCUGAGAUUUUGGACUUUUGGAGCGAUUCUAACAUCGUGGACACAACACAAAGCUAGCUGUCUUUUCUGACCGCGGUUAUACAUACAUUACAGAUCGUUCCAAGUCGGAUUUUAUAAGCGAAUUCUGAAAAAGAACACGGGGAAAGAAUCCGAUGCAAAGCUCACUGCUCAACGGUUUUAUUAUUUGCAGCGGAUUCGUCGCAGCUAAACUACACACGUUCUAUACUUAUUUUGUCAUCUCUUUCGUAAUAAUUUAUAAUUUUUUAGAUAAUCGACCAGCGAUUCUCGACGGUCCGCCGCGCGAACGCCCUGAAUGGUCUGAACCGCCGGAACUCUGGAAUGCUCUGGAAUCACGAGUCACGCAGCCGACGCAGGUCACGCUAGGACACGCUCCGUCGUUUUCGUUCGAAAUGUUGACGCUGAUAUUCCUACUGCUCCCGCUGGUUCUUUUUGUUGCUCGUAACGUCUAUCUGAAAAAAUUCAAAUCCGGCAAGAAUGUUUGCGUGCUGGUGCUCGGUGAUAUCGGCAGAAGUCCGCGAAUGCAAUACCACGCGAUCUCCUUCGCACGGGAAGGCUUCACCGUGGAUGUUGUAGGUUACCCUGGCUCGCCACCGCGGAGGGAAAUCAGCGAGAAUGCACGCGUGCGGCUCCACUACCUGCGACCGCCUCCCGACUUGCAAAACAGCGUGCCACGUCUUCUCUGUUACGUGGUAAAAGUGGUAUGGCAAACGGCUGAUCUUUCAUGGUUGUUACUUCGCAAACGCAUAUCGGAUUCGCUGAUAACGCAGAAUCCACCUGCGAUACCAACUAUUCCGGUAUGCUGGUUUUAUUGCGUUCUAAUUCAAGCGCAGUUUACGAUCGAUUGGCAUAAUUAUGCCCAUUCACUGAUGGCCCUGAGUCUGGGAGAGAACCAUGUCCUAGUUAGAUUGGCGAGACGUAUCGAGACGACGUUUGGCCGCAGAGCAAAGAAUAAUUUCUGCGUCACCAAAGCAAUGAAGGAAGAUUUGGAAAAGAAAUGGGCUAUCCAAGCAAAAAUCCUGUAUGAUAGACCAACAGAUAAUUUUCGUCCAAUAACUGUGGCAGAGAAGGAUGAGUUUCUGUGUAAAUUAACUGAAAAAUAUGAUCUAUCAGUACCUUGUUCGCCCAGAAGAUUCGGCUUUAUUGUAUCUAGCACUAGUUGGACCGAGGAUGAGGAUUUCUCAAUUCUGUUAAAUGCCUUACAAGAAUACGAAGACGCGUGCGAGGCUAGCGAGUUAAACUUGCCAGAUUUGAUCUGUGCGAUAACGGGCAAAGGGCCGUUAAAGGACUUCUACAUGGCUAUCAUUAACUUAAAAAAUUGGCAACACGUCACAGUAAAAACGCCAUGGCUUGAGAAUGAGGAUUAUCCCAAAAUACUAGCUAGUGCAGACUUAGGUGUAUGCCUUCAUACCUCGUCCAGUGGACUGGAUUUACCAAUGAAAGUUGUCGACAUGUUUGGCUGCCGUUUACCAGUUUGCGCAUACAAUUUUAAUUGCUUAUCAGAAUUAGUAAGACACAAUGAGAACAGUUUGGUAUUCGCGGACGAGAAGGAGCUGGCUGAACAAUUAAAAAUGUGGUUCCGAGAUUUCCCUAAUAACGAGACACAACGACACAUGCGUGAAAAAUUUCAAGAGACCAUGUUUGCAUCUCAGCAGAACCAUAAUGAUUGGCACGAGAACUGGAAAUUCAAUGUAUUGCCUUGUUUUCGAGAGUGAUUUCCAUUGUACUUGGUACUUUGUUUUUUAAUAUAAUUUUUGUACAUAUGCUUUGUAAUCUCCUAUGCUAUUACUCCCAGUAGCACAGAUGUGAUACGUAUUUAUUAAUAUCUAGCACGUAUUAAUGUAUCUAAUUGUAAGAAUAUUUUAUUUUACUAAGAAUAUUCCAUUAGAUUUUAUAAUGUUACAGUAUAAGAUUUAAAUUGGUUUUAUAAAAAUAUGGACCACACUAAUGUUACACAAACGUAGACUAACGUUUACAUUGACUUUUUGUAUCAUGUACUUAAUAUCUUUUUUCCAAAAAGUAGAUUUUUUUUGUAUUAAUGUA